AUGAAAUUCUCAACCAACAUCACCAUUAUUGUCACCACGACUUGUCUUCUUCUCAUUCUUCUCUUUUCAGCAGCAGUGAUAGCAUCAGAAGGUUCCGAAGCAUCUUCAAAAACAAAUAAAUUAACCAUUCAAAAGAUCAUUCAUGGUGGUGAUGAUGAACAACAUCAUGGUGACACAAAGAAUUCCCAACGACAACAACAACAACAACCAACAGUGAAAUGUGGACCUCUUUGUCGAAUGUAUUGUAAAUUUGGAUUUGAAAAAGAUGAAAAUGGAUGUCCAUAUUGUAAAUGUAAAUUAGGACCAAAUGGAACUCGGUUUUCAUAA